GUAACCUCUUCUAUCCUCCACCACCCGACUGCCCUCCAUCACCCAGCGCCGGCCGCCUCCACGCCGCAUCCACCCUCUCAACCACCAGCCCGCCCGCCCGCGACCUCCCACCGUGCGAUAAGGCGACUCCGGCUGGGCCAGCUGUCUUAGAUUUCAUCCAUUAUCAUGUCCCUGUGAUGCGACCCGACUCCCCGCUCGAAGAACCACCACAGAAACCCCCGGUCGCCCUCACUUGCAUUCACACCUUCGUCCGUGGCCACUCUCUUUUCAUGAGGUUCCGCCUCCUGCUUACCUCACCACCAUCGCCAAUCCGCUCCACUCCACACCCUCGACGGCGUUCCCGGGAUAUUCCUAUUUGGCAGGAUGGGUAACAGCUCGGCCAAAGAAGCGCGUCCAGGCUCCUCGCGCAGCCAUUCGCGGCCGGAUAAUGUCCGCGACGCGGGCUCUCCUACCACUACCGGGCCCUCCGGCUCUUCCUCCCACCUCGCGGGCGACAGGUUGGCAACAUAUACUAGUCGUGGCGGACGGGGAAGUAGACCUGACCUGUCAUUCCUGGGCAUCGGCGGGAGCUCCGACCAACCACCCGCGGAAGCUCGGCGGGAGACAAAGGCAGAGAGGGAAGCCCGGAAACUCGAAGAGGAACGGGCUGCCCGAGAGAAAGAGCGGGAGCGGAGUAUCCGCGAGGAGGGAGUCGAUGGCGGAUAUCUAGUCACACUGGGGACCUAUACGGGCCCGGAGGAUUUCAACAAAGAUGUUGUCCGGCAAUUGAUGAUUGAGCGCCGGCUGGCACCUUUUUGGAAGGGCCUCAAUGACCACUCGGACAUGUGGACUGAGCAUCAGUUGGUAGCUGUCGUCAAUGGUUUGCCCAUCCCGCCGGCCGAUGAAAUUCCCCCAGAGGAGCCACCACGUUCAACCAACUUGAGUGUGGACUGGAACCCUCGAUCGUCGAACAGCAACAUCAACCACCUCACAGUGCCCAUAACCUCGAGAUCGCAGUCAUCCAACUCCGACAGAUCAAUGAAUCUAUCUCCGUCACAUCCAGCGUUUUCGCUGCCUUCUCCCACAUCCCCAAUUUCGGCCUCGCCAUCAUCAUCUUCACCAUUCUUCCGUGGUCGGGCCAAGACCUUAGCUGCUCUGACGACAUCAUCGAAAAAUAACUCUCAAACUGAAAUGACUCCCCAGGAGGUGCAGCUUCCGAAGGACCCCUAUGUUAACGGCCAACGCUUAGAAGCUUUCCUAUAUAAGAAUGCUACCGAGUGUCCCAUCUGCUUCUUGUAUUAUCCACCUUAUCUCAACAAGACCCGCUGCUGCGAUCAACCGAUCUGUUCAGAGUGUUUUGUCCAAAUCAAGCGACCUGACCCCCACAUUCCAGAGCAUCAUGACCCGACCGAUCCAAAUGCGAGUAAGGAGCCUCAGGAGGAUGGUAUGCUUGUUUCAGAGCCUGCUUCUUGUCCAUUCUGCGUACAACCGGAGUUUGGUGUUACAUACGAACCGCCACCUUUUAGGAGGGGGCUUUCAUAUGCAGGCCAGGCAGGACAGGCAGGACAGGCAGGACAUCCACUCGCGAGUACCAUGUCGGCCAUGUCGUCCUCUUCAUCGCUAGCUUCUCAAGGACUAGGAUCACCCACAGGUAAUCGACGGAGAACGACGUCACUCUCGGCCAAUAAUGCGAGUGUGAUCACCACAGACCGGGUUCGGCCCGAUUGGGCCAAGAAGCUAUCGGAUGCACGUGCCCAUGCGCUUCGACGAGCUGCAGCGGCGACUGCUUUGCACAACGCGGCAUACGUGAUGGGGAAUAUCCAGGCUGCGGAUGGCAGGGGGUUCGUUCUUGGUCGAAGGCGGCGGACCAUGUUCGGGGGAGAUAGCGGUGGUAGCAGUGGCAACCACACGCCUCGUCAUGGUGAUGGUGGAAGUGUCGGAAGCGUGGGCGCGUUGCUUGCUGCUGCAGAGCGAUCGGGAGGCUCAGGCCCGCGGGGACAGGACGAUUUGUUUCCUGGUCGCCACAGCUCUCGAAGAAAUCGAAUCGAGGAUCUUGAAGACCUCAUGAUGAUGGAAGCGAUCCGGUUGAGCAUUGCAGCUGAGGAGGAGCGCAAGAAAAAGGAGGAGAAGGAAUCUGCUAAGGAAUCUAGAAAGGAGGAGAAAAGAAAGGCGAAAGAGACGAAAAAGGCCGAGAAGGCGGCGAGAAAGACUGGGUUUUUCCCUAGCACUAGUUUUGAUCGCGACACCGAUACCACCAACGCCGGAUUGUCGACAAUUGCAGGCAAAGGUAAGGGUGUCGACCGAUCUGGUGCCUACACUGGCUUCAACCCGCUAAGCGAACCUACUUCAACCAUCAACGCGUCUGGUUCCAAGGAGGACCCUCAGCGCCAUCUGGAGCACUCGCGGGCCCAGAUUCAAAGCCAUUCUUCAACCGCUGGGCAGCCUGCGGAGCCCCCUACCCAUCGGCAAAUUCUCAGGAAUCUAUCGAAUGCCUCCUCGUCCGCCUCUUCUUUCUCCGAGUCGUUGCAAGGUUCGCUACAGCAAGUUGGUGGAUUUGGCGCCUCGGGCUCUUCUUUCGAACCCAGCCCGACGGCUUCAGGUGUGAGCCUCAACAGAGACGAAACUUCUCCCGGUGGUACUACAGGCGGCCUAGAGCCCAUGUUCAAUUUCACCAGUCUUGCCGAGGUCAUUGGAGUUGAAGACGAUAAGCAUGACCAGGCUCAUGGAAGCUCCCAUAUUGAGAAUCUUGCGAAUCAUAACAGCAGUCCGAACCACGGUCAAGGUCGCGAGGGCUCUGCAGGUGGGGAGAGCUCGAGUAGUAGUGCAGCCCCCCCAGUCUCACAGCCUCAUGACGGGGCUUUCGGCAAUAUGGAUGAGAGCACGGCAACGAUUACUGGAAAGUCUAUGGAAGACCUUGCGCUUGUCGCUACCCACGAAUCUAACCAGUACGAUGCGAAACAUUUCGGGGAUGUCAGCUUGCUGGAGACCUUUGGACAGGGCGCUCGCAGCGCGCAUUGAUGGAUAUGGGCGUCCGUCUCGGAAGUUUUAUUCUUUCCACACAGUUUUCUACAUCACAACGAAUGUCACGGGCGGUACCUCUGAGCGGCUUUGACUGUUUUCAUUCUGGCAGCAAAAGCUUUGCCGCCAUGACCGCCUUACCCGUAGCCAUCCCACCAGAGCUGCAGUGUCACAGGUUCAUA